GCACUUAAUAAUACUCACACAAUAAUUAAUUUUAACAAAGAAGUCUGGUAUUAAACCGGGAGUCGAGUCUCCAGAGUCUGAUAUUUGCUUGGUCCUGCUUAUUAGAGAAUUUUGCAAAGAUCUUCGUUGCAAGCAGGGUUGAAAGCAAACGUGCUGGACAAUGUCUGAUGUGCUGAUAGAGCUCAUGCGUAUUCCCGGGCAACGGUUUGGAAUUGGAUUUCAGAAGGCAGCAAAACCCCCGUACUGUCUAGUCAACAAGCUACUUGAAGGUGGAGCAGCGCUGCAGAGUGGCAAGAUUCAAGUAGGAGAUUGUCUUUUAGGGAUAAACGGGAAGAAUUUACAACAUGUCGACCCCGAACAGCUGAAGGAGAUCAUGCUGCAGUAUCGGAAUGACACGAAACUGAUUAUUGAAAUGAGACGUACCUCAUGCUUUAAGCCGAACCAGAACGGGGACACUCCUUCAAUUCAGGUCAGGACAACCUCUCCAAACAGCCCAGGCAUUUCUGUGAGUGCUAGUCGAUCGCCACUGGCCAAUCGUCGUGAGCGUAGAUCACCAAACGUGUUGCCAGAUAUCAACGAAGAUAAACCAGUUGACAGUAUUGGAAUGUUGCACGUUGCAAGGCGCCCUGAACACCGCCAAUCUCUCACACCCGAGACACACCGAAAGAUGCCUGGGUUAGAUAAAUUGAAAAUAUCCAAGAGCACUAGUCUGGACCUGGCCAACCUUCCCCAGUGGAGGAAGACAGCUAGUCAAUCUGUCAAACUGGAAUACCUCAUUGAUGGCUCGGAGACGACGGACCGGUUGCAUAACCAUGAAAUGAAGUACAGGGACACUGGAUGCACAGCCAACCAUUGCGUUGGAUCCCAAAUGAACCCCAAAGCCUCUCAAUCUAAGAGAGAGUAUGCCACCCCUCGCAAUAAAGAGGAGAUUCUCCCAUUGGCAGAGGACUUCAUCAAACAGUACUAUGAUUCAAAGAAACAAGCUCUGGGUUCAAACUACGACAAGAAGUACAUGAAUCGACUGCAUGAGGUGAGGGAAGAAAUCGAGAAGACUAGCUUCUUCGACUUGACAUAUGAGGAGCUCAGUUUUGGGGCCAGGACUGCCUGGAGAAAUGCCUCUCGCUGCGUUAACAGAAUUGUCUGGAGACAGCUCGAGUUGCUAGACGCUCGAAAUGUUACCACCGCAAAAGAAAUGUUUGAAGCUGUAUGCCACCACAUAAGGUAUUCAAACAACGGAGGAAACCUCAGAUCAACAAUCACUGUGUUUGCUCCUCGUAAAAAGAAGAACGCCGACUUCCGUGUCUGGAACAUCCAGUUGAUCAGUUAUGCUGGCUACAAGAAUGCAGACAAUUCAAUCUUGGGGGACCCAGCUAGAGUGGAGUUUACUGAGGUGUGCAUGCGUCUUGGCUGGCAGCCCCCAAAGGUAAGGACAGCUUGGGACGUCCUCCCUCUAGUCUUGCAAGCUAGUACCGGCGAACCAGAGAUCUUCGAUAUACCCAAAGAGAUUGUGCUCGAUACUGUUAUCUCACAUCCAGACUACGACUGGUUCGAGAAGAAGUUGGGCUUGCGUUGGUAUGCUCUGCCUGCUGUAUCAAAUGUCGCCUUGGAUGUGGGCGGUAUCGAGUUCCCUGCAGCACCCUUCAGCGGUUGGUACAUGUGCACUGAGAUAGCACGUGACCUAGGAGAUGCUAACAGAUACAACAAGCUCAAGCCCAUAGCUUUAGAAAUGGGUCUGAACAUUCAGACGUAUAAGCUGUGGAAGGACAGGGCCAUGCUUGAACUCAAUGUGGCAAUUCUGCACAGCUUCCAGAAAGCACGUAUCUCGGUCACGGACCACCAUGCUGCCACAGAGGGAUUCAUGACCCAUUUUAAGACAGAGACUCAGUCGAGGGGUGGAUGUCCCGCUGACUGGGUGUGGAUAGUCCCACCCAUCUCUGGCAGCGUUACUCCAGUAUUCCAUCAGGAAAUGCUGCUGUACCAUUUGAGCCCCUGCUACCAGUACCAAGACGACCCGUGGAAGCACUACAACUUCGGGGUUGCACAAGGCAGACAAAAGAUCCUGCCAUUCAAGAAGGUUGCCUUUAUGGUCCAGAAAAUGAUGAAAAUUUUCGGCAAGAUUUACCAGAAGCGAGUCAAAGCCACGAUCCUGUACGCCUCUGAGACAGGUCGCUCUAAGAACUAUGCUAGCGUGGUGAAUGACGUGUUUGGGCGUGUGUUUGCUACCAAGUUGAUGUGUAUGGAGGACUACGACAGAGCUAACCUGGAGCAGGAGCAGAUGUUACUGAUUGUGACAAGCACCUUUGGCAGUGGAGACCCUCCUGCUAACGGAGAGAUGUUUGGUCGAUACUUGUUGGACCUUCGUAACGGGUCCUCUGCCCACGGCCUGGCCGCUGCACCCACUCCUCGCUCCCAUCGGAUGAGCACCGUUGUUGCUCCAACUAGAGAGCACCUCCAGCAGGGAGGUUCGCCCGGUAGAAGUGCAGCAGGACCACUCACACAAGUCAAAUAUUGUGUGUUUGGACUUGGCUCCAGGGCAUACCCCAACUUCUGUACGUUUGCCCACACCUGUGACAACCUGCUCAGUGACCUGGGGGCAGAGAAAAUAUUAUCUUGUGGAGAGGGAGAUGAACUGUGCGGACAAGAGGAGAGCUUUCAGGCGUGGUUGAAGCAGUGCUACCAGGAGGCCUGUGCUGCGUACAGCCUGGAGCAACACUUGGACGACUCUGACUUUGAGGGAUACAACACUGGCUACUCAUCUGAAAAAUUCCGAGUGAUGAAGUACGAUAAUGCCCGUCCAAUUAGAGAUGAGUGCAAUGGCUUGAGGGUCGUUCACUCGAAGGAUGUCUACCCAGCAGUGCUCAAGAGCAGAGUGAAGCUGCAGCCUUCCCAUUCUGAUCGUUCCACGAUUAUGGCAGUGUUAGGCAUGAGUGGAUCACGACGUCUCAAUUAUGAACCAGGAGACCAUGUGGCGAUCUUCCCUCAAAACAAUCACAAGGUUGUGACAACCCUCAUUGACCGUCUCAACCCGUCCAUCAACCCAGACCAACCAAUCUUUAUCGAGACACGUCGAGUGUCAACCAAUGGCGAUUCGUCGUGGGUGGAGGACCGACGAAUGCCGGUGCCCGUUACCCUCCGUGAAGCUCUCACCUACUACCUCGACAUCGCCAACCCACCCUCCGCCCAGUUUUUGAAGCUACUUGCCAAACAGGCCACAAGGUUGGCUGAUAAAGAGGCCCUCAACGAACUAGCCAAGGGUGGCGAUACUUACGAGGACUGGAAGUAUGAGAGGUUCCCUAGCUUUUGUGACGUGAUGGACCAGUUUCCCUCACUGAAAGUAGAUGUCACUCUUCUACUGCAGCAACUGCCUCUACUGCAGUGUCGCUACUAUUCGAUUAGCUCCUCCCCUAAGCUGCAUCCUGACGAGGUCCAUGUCACUGUUGCCGUAGUGUCCUUCAGAAAAAGGAAUGGUUUGGGUCCUCGUCACAAUGGGGUGUGUUCCACAUGGCUGAACAAAGUGGACCUGGGGGAGGUGAUACCAUGCUUUAUCCGCAAGGCCCAUGCCUUCCGCAUGCCCAAAGACCCUCGUGUCCCCAUCAUCAUGGUGGGUCCCGGCACUGGUAUCGCUCCGUUCAGAUCAUUCUGGCAGGAUCGCAUAUACGUGAAGAACGAGGCUCUCAAGAUGCAACUGAGCAUGCCCAGUAACAUCCCCACCAAGCCUGUCCAGAAGAAGCUUCAGACAGUUUCAGGCAGAAACAGGAGAGUCACAGAAUACAUUGCCCCGAAUCGCAACCUUCUUAACACCAGCCCUAGCCGUGGAUCUAUUGCCGACACGUCUCUACAUGUAUUCUCAAGCCCACAGCUACUCGAAGAAGACGACGAAGUGGAUGGUGGUAACCUGAAAAUGUGUCGCUCUAUCUCUGAUGUCGAUGAUGUUAGCCGAGAAGAGAUCGCUCGAGUGCUAGCCAAUAGACAAAAGGAAUGGGGGGCACUGAGUUUGUACUUUGGCUGCCGUAGGAGCGAUCUGGAUCAUAUCUACAAAGAUGAGCUGAAGAAGGCACGGGUAGUAGGUGGACUGGACAAUGUCUACGUGGCACUCUCUAGAGAGCCGGAACAGCCAAAGAAAUACGUUCAGCACUUGUUGAAGGAGAAUGCUGAUGCUGUAGUUCACCAACUCAUAGAAGAGAGGGGUCAUUUCUAUGUGUGUGGGGACAUCUCCAUGGCAGCGGACGUGUGUCGUACCCUUCAGAGCAUAUUUGAGGAGAACGCCGCUAUGUCUGCCGAUCAAGCCAGGAAACUGAUUGAGUCGAUGAAGGAUACUGGGUUCUAUCACGAGGACAUCUUUGGCGUCACAUUCAAACAUCAUGAGGUCACUACCCGAGUGAGAACUGCAGCCAAGAAGGCCUGGCGUAUUCUUGUGAACACUGGAGAUUCUCUCAUGUUGCCUAGUCCCAUGACCCCUCAUGUCAGAAUGCCCAGCCCACUACCAGGAGCUAUGCCGAGACAUCCUCUUGACAUCCAGUUUAAUUCGUCCACCCUGCCCUUAAGACGUUCUGCUGGAAUGAGCAAACGGCCUACCGUCACCGUACUCAACACUCAGAAACUAACACCCACUGAGCAGGUCGACAAGAUGCUCCACUCACGAACCUCUGCUCCUCAACUCACGCCUCCCAAAUUCGUUGUACCACCUAGGGCGCUCUCCCCAGUCACGGGAGACAAUCCCAUCCUAGAGCCAGUGGUCGAGGUCACCUCGCCUAAGUCACCUGAUACCAGUACCAAUGAGGACAAAGAGGAAUCUGCAGAAUCAUCAUCAUCGGAGGCAGUAGUGAGUAGACAACAGUCAGAUGAGUCGAGACAAUCACGCCGGAUAAAGACAAUUUCAAGUGUCGAAAGUGUAGUGUAGGAUUAAUUGGAACUAGUUGUAGUUUUCUUAACGAUUUAAUUGAUCUUCCUCGCACAACAUGCAGAUGAUUAUAAUUUUUUGAAGGACAUUUUAAUAGGAUCGCAUAUAAUAUAUACACAUGCGUACGUAUAAUUAUGAUCUCAACAACUUGAUGUACAUGAACACCCCAUAUAAUUUGAAUGUGUACUAUUAAAUUUUUAUUUUAUUUUGUGCUGUAUAUACACAGUACACUCAACAAUUAAUUUCACACAAAAAAUAAUGAGAUUGACAUGAAUUAAUUAAUUAUAUUGUUUAUUUCAAGAA